GCAUUUCACCCCAGAGAAGGAAUGUUGGCAAAGAUCUCCACCACAUGGAAACUGCUCUUAAAGCUGUUGGGCCCUGAAAUUUUGCUCAGCAGUCUGAAAUCAACCCACAGCUUUUCUCAUUCACCCUCCUACUGGGGGCUAGUGCACAGGCAUGAAUACCUAUUGAGGAAAAUCAAAAAAAAACUUCACAUCAGCUGUAACGGGAAUAAGAGAGUUUUGUUCCACAAUAAGCAAGAUACUAGUUUAUUAGCUUCCAGUCACCUUGAUUUCUGCUGAGAUGAAGACUGUGCAGUCCACCCUACUAUUGUUACUAUUCAUGCCUCUGACACAGCCAGCACCAUCAGUUCAACAGGACUCGCACGUUAUCUAUGAGUAUGGAGCAGAUAAUUUCGAAGAAACCAUAUUUAGCCAAGACUAUGAGGAUAAAUACCAAGAAGGAAAAAAUAAUAAGAAAAAAGUGCCAGUGAUAAUACCUGUUGAGAACAGAUUUCAGUUACAAAGAGAUGAGGCUGUAACACCAUUACCCUCCAAGAAAGAAAAUGAUGAAAUGCCCACGUGCCUACUCUGUGUGUGUUUAAGUGGUUCUGUAUACUGUGAAGAAGUGGAUAUUGAUACUGUACCACCCUUGCCAAAGGAAUCAGCCUAUCUUUAUGCACGAUUCAACAAAAUUAAAAAGCUGACUGCCAAGGAUUUUGCAGAUAUGCCUAACUUAAGAAGGCUUGAUUUUACUGGAAAUUUGAUAGAAGAGAUAGAAGAUGGUACUUUUUCAAAACUUUCUCUGUUAGAAGAACUUUCACUCGCUGAAAAUAAACUACUGAAACUUCCAGUUCUUCCUCCAAAGCUCAUUCUACUUAAUGCAAAAAACAACAAAAUCAAGAGUAGAGGAAUAAAAGCAAAUACAUUCAAAAAAUUGAAUAAGCUCUCUUUCCUCUACUUGGACCACAAUGCUCUGGAAUCUGUGCCUCCCAAUUUACCAGAAAGCCUGCGUAUAAUUCAUCUGCAGUUUAACAACAUAACUUCAGUUACAGAUGAUACAUUCUGCAAGUCUAAUGACACCCGUUACAUUCGGGACCGUAUAGAAGAGAUUCGUCUGGAGGGCAACCCAAUCAUCCUGGGAAAGCAUCCAAACAGUUUCAUUUGCUUAAAAAGAUUACCAAUAGGGUCAUACUUUUAACCACUAUCAAUGCAAUAUAUAAGCAAAAGUACAAUACUUAUAGUCUGUUUCAACAAUGUGUAAAGGAACAUCAGUAUUGGUUUAAUAUUAAUCUUGUAUCCCAUUAUGAAUGAAUUUUACAUUUUAAGCAAAGAUGUGCAAAAAUCUUAUAUAAAAGCAAAAAGACUGAAUUUCUAAGUCCAAAACAAAGUAAUGUGAAAAAAUUUAAAAAGCAGUAAAAAAUUCUUGUAGCUUAGAGUUCCAUUUAAAAGGCAUUUAGAGCACCAUUUAAAAGGAAUGUCUUUGUAUAAAUACAACAUUUGAGAUGCAUUAUUCUCAUUACUAGUGAAGUAAGUAAAGUCUAAUAAACUUUCAAUUGUU